UUGCUCAGACUCCGCUCUCCGCUCUCGGUCGCAAUUCAGUCGGCAUCUGCGAGACUACUCGCACGUGCGGGAAUCGGUGCGUGCGUGCGUCAAGCCUCCAACAAUUCGCGCGCGAUUCCAACUCUAAAGUUAAAUUAGAAAUUGAAAUAGUUGAGUUUGAGGUGCAUGUCGACUUGAAUUGAGUUUGUUGUGAGCUGAACGAUGUCUGCUGAUUACGCAGGUCUACCGGGACACAAGGAGGCGAUCGUCGAGCAGUCAGCCGCCGUUCCGACGCACCAGGAGGUGGAAUGUCGCGUCUACGGUCGCCGAUGGCUGAUGCUUGGCCUGUUCGUCUUCUACUCCAUGUCCAACGCCAUGCAGUGGAUACAGUACGCCAUCAUUGCCAACGUUGUCAUGAAGUACUACGACGUCGAAAGCACGCUCGUCGACUGGACCUCCAUCAUCUACAUGGUCUCCUACAUACCGCUCAUAUUUCCCGGCUCCUGGUUGCUGGACAAAUGGGGAAUGCGCACUGCAGUGAUAAUAGGGGCAACAGGCACGUGCCUGGGCUCGUGGAUCAAGGUGUUUUCGGCGAGCCCCGACCGGUUCGCGGUGGCGUUCGCCGGGCAGUCAGUGGUGGCCGUGUCGCAGGUGUUCAUCCUGAGUGUGCCCGCGCGGCUGGCCGCCGUCUGGUUCGGCCCUGACCAGGUCUCGUCCGCCUGCUCCAUCGGCGUCUUCGGCAAUCAGCUGGGUGUUGCAAUUGGAUUUGUGUUCCCACCAAUGCUGGUUGGAAAUCACGAUGACCUGAGUCUCAUUGGAGCAGAUCUCAAAGUGAUGUACUACAUCGUAGCUGGCAUCACCUCAGCAUUACUCGUUCUAGUCCUGCUGCUGUUCCAGGGGAGCCCCCCUCUUCCGCCCAGUCCAGCUCAGGCGGUUCAGAGAAACUCGGAGGAAAACAGCAACUUCGCCGACUCAAUCAAAAGACUGAUACUCAACCCUGGAUACAUUCUAUUGUUGACUUCCUAUGGCAUCAAUGUUGGUGUCUUCUAUGCCAUAUCGACGCUUCUCAAUCAAGUUGUGCUCACGCAUUUCCCUGGCCAAGAGCUGGAUGCUGGAAGGAUUGGAUUGUUCAUUGUUAUCGCAGGAAUGAUGGGCUCAGUGAUCAGUGGAAUGGUUCUGGAUAAAACGCACAAAUUCAAGGAAGUGACUCUGUCAGUCUAUGCAUUCUCAUUGGUUGGAAUGGUAAUUUAUACAUUCACUCUUGGCUGUGGUCACAUCGUUGUUGUAUACAUUACAGCUGGUAUAUUAGGGUUCUUCAUGACCGGCUACCUGCCGGUUGGGUUCGAGUUGGCGGCCGAGCUGACCUACCCGGAGCCAGAGGGCACUUCAGCCGGGCUGCUGAACGCGGCCGCUCAGGUGUUCGGUAUCAUCUUCACCAUGUUCUACGGCUGGCUGUUCAAGCUGGCCGGCGACAUAUGGGCCAAUGUCACCCUCAGCGUCACCCUCCUUGUCGGCACUAUGCUCACCGCUGCCAUCAAGUCAGACCUGCGCAGGCAAGCCGCCCAUUCCAAGUCCAAUCAGCCCAAAUCUAGUCCCUUGAAAAUAUAAGUUACUCAUAGAAGUCUGAUAAGUUCACUCGGUAACACUAGAACACAAUAUUAUUUUAUUAUAGAGUCUAAUUGUAAGACUACAACAAACUAUGUUGGAGAGAUCCACAUUCUAACAUGCAUUUAACUAAGUAGAUUAAUUUUUAAAUAAUUUUGUAAGAGAAGCUUGUGAACGAUUUCCUGAACUGGAAGAAACGUCUUGACAAUAAUACGCGUGGAAGAUAAAGGCCUUUUUGAUGUGAUGCCUCACAUACAUACAGAAAUAUUUAUAAUUAUAUUGCAUGAGUAGUUUGUAAACGAUUUUCUGAACUGGAAGAAUCGUCUUAAAAAUAAUAGAAGAUACGGGCCUGUUGGUUUUUGAUGUGAUGCUUCAUAUACAUCAUACAGAAACAUAAUAUAUAGCUUCAAAGUUAUGUUGCAUAAAAGGUUUGUUAGAGAUUCAGUCUACUUAGAGAAACGUAUUGACAAUAGCAUAAUAUAUUAUAGAGUAUGGUAUUGUGAGGUGUGUCCUCAAACAUGAUAAUUAUAGCAUUUGCAUAGUUAAAUGGGUAAAAGUUUAUUUGUUAAAAAGGUAGUGAAAGAAGUUCAUUCAAGAGUAAGCUAAAGAUACUAGAUGGAACGUCUUGAUAAUAACAGAAAAAAUAUAUGGUUUAAGGUGAAACCUCAAUAAAUUGAAUAUAGUUCAAUGAAUGAGGUUUUAAUUAAUUAAUAAGUUGCAAGAGAAGGUUAUUUGAAAAUUAACUAAGGUAGUAGGUAGCCUACUAGGUACUAGAUGGAACGUCUUGACAAUAACAGAAGAUAUGUCAUAUAGUUUUUGAAUAAGGCGAACUACAAACAUAAUUUUAUAACAUAGAUUGUAUUCAUCAACAUUAUUAGUAUUUUUUCUUCUGUAAAUGUUGCAUGAGUAAUUUGUUAGCAAGUCAACUGAAAGUAACGUAUUGACAAUAAAAAAUAUAUAGUUCACAGUAGCAGUAAGGUAUAAAUUUCAAUUGAGACCUUAAAAGUAGGCUUAUUAUAAGUAUGCCUAUACAUCAUAAAAAUGAUAUUACAUUUAUCAUCAAUAUUAUGUUAAUUGAGAUAAACCAGGCACGACUCGUCAACUGUCGAUUGUUAUGUAACGAAUAGGCACAUUUCAUUUUGAGAUACUACCUACAUACUUGAACUUAGAUUUUGAUACAUAAGGAACAAAUAACAUAUUUUCUUCGAGACAGAAAAUAAUCAGAUAAAUUGGAAAGAUAUCACUAUAAGUUCAGUAAUAUAAGUUGAGUGGAAGCUUUUUUUGGACAGAAUUCAUGGAUGAUUUUUUGUUGGAAUGAAAAUUUUUCAAGCUAUAUGACAAUUGAAUAAACCAUUUUUGAAUUAUGUAUGCUUGCUUACCUCAUAUUAGUGAGUUAUACCCCUGUAUUUUAAGAGGUAACUUGGAACUGAUGCAAUGAAGAGAAUGCUAAUAAUUCAAUACUCCCAAUCAAGCUUGGAACUAUAAUGCAUUUCAAUAGUUGAUUAAAUGUCAUUCAGAUAUCACUGCAGGAAUUCAGCAAGAGAAAUUGAUCAAAUACAGUGAGAAAGAAAAAAUAUUAUACAAUAAUGUUUUACUAUAUUAUAUUAUGUUGGAAAAGCUAAGUUGAAUGGUACUUGAAAUUGGAUUACUGGAGAAGAAAUAGAUAAAUUAUACUGUAGGCCUACCAUGAAUUGAUUUUUACUAACAUAAUAAAUAAGACGUGAGACAAUAAUUAUCCACAUUUUGUAGAAGAAAUGUCAUAUUUGAUCAAUGAAGAGUGAAAAUGAAUUAAAUUAUUGUGAUUUAGAUUGAACAAUAGCUUAUAGUAAUUUAAACUUAUUUUAUAUAUACUGACCAAUGUUUCAAAUACCUACAUUAAUUUAUAAGAACAUUUAUUUUGAAGAUCUAUACGUUUUAAAAUACAUAUAUCAUAAUAGAACCAGCCAAAUAUAUUUGAUAGCUAUAUUACAAUCAUGUUUUAUUUUCAUAAUUUUCUCGUAUUUGAGAUUUUUUGAAUACUUCAUUUUUCUGGAAAUACGUACAGUAUACAAUUGAUCACUAGUUUUACUACAAAUAUGUAUUGACCUGAUUAACAAAAACUUAUUCAUUUUUCAAUGUUGAUUUUUCAAUAGCCAUUCAAUUUGAAAUUUACAAUAGUUGCUAUUAAUAUAAUGUGCGGUAUGCACUUGUUAACUUGUGUUCUAUUUCUGUACUGUAAUUAAAUUACAAAUGAAUUUCAAUGAUUAUCACAAGUAGCCUUAGCCUAUGCAUCAAACUUACAUCUAUUUUGAAUGAACGCCUCUCAUUUUGUACAAUUUUCAUUUUUCAAUUUUUACACCACUGUUUAUUUUAAUUACCUAUUUCAUUUUAAUCUUCUAUAAAAGUUGAAGAAUAUAGAAAACGUUUUUCAGCAAUGCGGAUAGUAUAGUAUUAAUCUAUUGGGAUAGUAUUUUGAUGAUUGGUUCAUACCUCACAGCUCUUUUUGAUUCCAUUAUAACAAAUUAUAGGUUAAAUAUACUUCAUACUUUUUUCCUCCUUCUAACUGAUUUUUACCAGUUAUCGAAACUUUGUAUGAGUAUUUCAAAAUAAUGUGAAAAAUAAAUUAGUAGUUAGGAAACAACAAUAUCAGCUUGUAUGAAUAUAGGCUGUUAUUAAAUCCAUAAAUGCUUCCAAUAACAAUAAACUACUUUUGAAUUGUUAUAAUCUAUAGAUUUUUUUAACUUGUCGAUGACAAUAAUAUUUAGCCUACAUUUUCAGAUUUCAGAUUAUCUCAAAAUUAUAUUUAAAAAAUUUCAACUUUCAACACAUUAGUUUAUUUAUUGAAGAGUUCAUGACACUGUAAUCAGAAUUUUCAAUAAGUCAUUGAAAAAUCCAAUAGAAUUGGAUUCAUUGAAAAAUCCAAUAGAAUUGGAUUCAUUGAAAAAUUCAAAAGAAUUGGAUUCAUUGAAAAAUCCAAUAGAAUUGGAUUCAAUUAUUAUUGACGUGAGUUUCACUGAUUCCAAUCUGAGAGAAAUAUAUCUCUCAAUAUUCUUUUGAUCUAAAUAUAUUUUUUAUCUCUGUAUCAGUUCUGUUUCUGAAAGAAAUUAAAAUUUUGACAUGAAUUCCAAUUGCAAGACAAUAAUUAUAAUGAUGAUAAUAUUAAUAUUUAUUCAUUAUUUAUACAAAUAAUAUUUAUCAUGGAUUUGAACAUUGUAGUAAUAUUUUUGUAGAGUGUCAAUUUUAAAAGUUAUGAAGUUUUUAUAUUUGUAGUAAAGCUAAGGCCCUGUAAAUAUAAUUUGUUAUUGUUGAUCGUAGUACAUGAUAAUUAUUCCCAAAUUAUUGUAUAAUAUUGUAUCUAUUCAGUAAUGUUAUCUCCUAUGUCAGCCCAGAGAUAAAGGCUGUGUGUCUUCCUAUUAUUUUCUAGCAAUUGUGAUAAAAACGACAAUAUUCAACUAAUAAUAUUUUUUAUUGUACAAACUUAUGUAAAAUUUGAAUGGGAUGUUUUUCUAUCAAUGAUACGAUAAGUGCUUAUAGUUCUACAAGAUUAAAAUAAAAAUCCUGAUAAAAUUGAAUUGUUCAUUCAUUUACAGAUUUUGUCUAAAAUAGAAAUAUGAUUAAUUUUGUUGAUAGAAAAUAUUAAUCAAUGAAUAUUUUUCUGAAAUUAUUGUGUUCAUAGGAACAAUAUGUUUAGCAUAAUAAUACUUCCCAUACUGUAUACAGUAUUUCAGGAGGAAUAUUAGUUACUUGAUUGAAUACAGAGGAUAUCGUAGUAUCCAUGCUACUGUAUGAGAUUUGUUUUAUUUAUUAUUCUACAAAGGCGACUUUCUAGAAGUAGGUAUUUUAAGCCUAGGUGAUGAUGAUGGGAUGAAUGAUAAUACAAUGAAGGUAGAGUUAUGAAUGAAUAAAAAUCAUAUGUUAUGCUAUCCACUUGAAUUGAUUUGAGUUCACUUUUCAGUCCAGAAAUAAAUAAACUAGAUAUUUUGAAUUUGAUUUGAUUAAAAACCGAAUAUAAUAGAAUUAGAUGCAGGGAAGUAGAAUAGAUGUUUAAGCUAGGUGUCUCUAGAAAUUCCCUUUUUUGCAAUGAAAAUUAACUUUUGACUGUGCUGGUUUCAUAAUUACAUUCGAAAAAUAUAAAUUCACUCCAACCUAACGCCACAGUAUGAAUACGGUAACAGUUUCUCCGCCGAUCACUUAUUUUUAACUGAAUCAACUAUAUAAUGAAUAUCUCGGAAAAUUUGUCAUGCUGAUUCAAUGCGACAGAUCUCUUCUAAUUUCUAUGUUGUUGUAUAUAUUAGAUGUUGGGUUUCAGAUUAAUUCUAUUCAUGUUUUGAAUUCGCUAAAUAUUAUUUGUGCGUUGAAUACUAGCUUCCUGGUGGUUCGAAGCCCACCUGAAGCUGUAAGUCAACACCAUCAUGCAUGUUACUACUCACACACAAUUUUGGUGUUCUUAAUUAUGAGUAAUACCCUCAGGAGAAAAUUCUUUGGAACAAAAAUUAUUUCUUGAAAUAUCAGUGCGGUGCUCAUUCUUUGUUCGUUGCCCUAAUGCACUUGUUAAGAAUCACAUGAUCAAUAGGCUACCUAUAUAUUUGUAAUACAUUUCUAUAUAAAUCAAAACUCAGGCUGCUAAUUUUUAAAAAUGUAUGAACGUUGUAGGAUGAAUCAAAACUCACAUUGAAAUUAUUCCAAACUCUACAUUAAAUCUAAGACCUAAGUUAGAGAAUGUUAAUGACUUCCAACUUCGAGACUGUUAAAUAUUUGUUUUUUUAGUGACUUUUGUUCAGUUCUCAAAUAACAUCUACACGAACUGUGAUAUCAUAGUGAUAUUACUAAGAAAUUUUAUAUCAAUAUGAUAUUAGUGAUUUUAAUUUGAAGUAAUUCUAGUUUAACAUAAAAUGUACAUAACAUAAAUUCAGUUAUGACUUGCAAUUUUGCUUCUACAAAAGAAAAAAAAACGAUCUUAAUCUUAAUUUCCAUGGGAACUGUCAAUGGCUAUUUAGGCCUAUUGUGUAUUUGAAAAUGCUUUUGACGUUAUUGCAAGAAACUAGUCUAUUAUUAAAAAUUGGAGAGAGAGAUAGGAAUACAUUUUUUUGGAUUCCUUCAUAGAAAUUGAUUCAUUAUCGCAGUUCGUGGUGGAAAUAUAAUGGAUUAAAUUGAAACUCUUAUUUGCUCAUUGGGUGAAUAGUAGAACUAUGAACUCCUUUUAUCAAAUUUUAUUGAUCGUGGGGUGGAAAAGUUUGGAAAUGCACAAAAUUCUGACAAGACCUAAUGACGUUGCCAUACAAGGAAGUUAUAGCUCAAAUUAAUUAAUGUUAAAAAUUAUUGAUAAAUUGACUUGGUUGUGAUGCUAGAAAUAUCCCAGAAUAUUAUAUCUUAGUUCGAAUAUAGAUUAUUAUAAAUAGUGUAUAGAAUAGGAUAUUAUGACUUAGAAAUAAUGGUUGUGCUUUGAGAUAAUAAUAAAUCAAGAAAUGCGUAGGCAUUCUAGAAACGCUUGACAAUAAUGUAAUCAAUGAAAAAUUAAUAUCGAUGUCGUUACUCUUCAAAUAUUAUUUUAUAAAAUAGGUACUUUAUUACUGUACUCUAACUUCCAUAUUUCUUUGUUUAGUUUCUGGUUUGAUAAGCUUGAUACAAGGAAUAUUUUUGUAAUAAAUAUUCAAAAGUACAAGCAACUGUAGAAUAUUAUGUGGAACAAUAAUAUUUACACUUCUUUUAAAAAUUCCUCAUAAAUGUAUUGUUUCUUUGUGUUUUUGUUUCUCUUUAGCACUGUACUACCACCAAUUAACAUUUUGUAUGAUAUUUUGUUUGAAAUAAAUUUUCUAUGUGUGAAA